AUGAAGGAUGCAAUUCAAGACUACCCCGUGCACUUAUUCUUCUGGUACUUUGAGUCCGAGUCGCAACCCGAGACUUCGCCGUUGUCACUAUGGCUCCAGGGGGGACCCGGUGGAUCGUCCAUGUUCGGUGCCUUUACGGAAAAUGGACCCUGUCCUGUGAACGACGACUCCAAGUCCACAUACCGCAACAAGUAUGCCUGGACGAAGCAUGCAAACAUGUUAUAUAUCGACCAACCGGUUCAGGUUGGCUUCAGCUACGAUAUUCUAACCAAAGGAACGAUGGACCUGGAGAGUGGAAAUAUCAUUCCCGAUUCUAACAUCGAGGGUCCGUUAAACAAAAAAGGAACUUUCGGCACUCAAAGGCUCCUGUCCACUGCAAAUACCACCACCAACGCUGCGCGGCAUCUUUGGAACUUUGCCCAAGUGUGGCUCCAGGACUUCGACGUCUAUAAGGACAAAUCUGAGAAUGACCGAGUCGGCUUAUGGACGGAGUCAUACGGCGGCCGCUAUGGUCCUGGCUUUGCUGCAUACUUCGUUCAGCAGAAUGAGAAAAUCGCCAAUUCCCGUGACACCUUUGAACCCAUAACGCUGGACACCUUGGGGGUCAUCAAUGGGUGCGCCGAUUUCCUCACCCAAGAAACAGCCGACCCGGACUAUGCUUAUAAUCGCAACACCUUUGGAGUUACUGCUAUCAAUAAAACCCAAUGGACUAACGCAAUCGAGGCUUUCGAGAAACCAAACGGUUGUGAACACCAGGUAAAGACCUGUCUUCAACUUGCGGCACAUCUCGACCCAUAUAUGUAUGGCAAUGAUAAAUUGGUCAACGAGGUUUGCUUCAAUGCAAGCACCAAUUGCCAAGCCGAAGUCGAGGCGCCAUAUAUCUUCAACAGCAAACGAGGUUUCUAUGACAUCGGUCACUGUAACCUGGAUCCAUUUCCCCCGAACUAUUUCAUAGGCUAUUUAGCCGAGUCCAAGGUCCAACAAGCAUUUGGCGUUCCCGUUAACUUUACCUUGCUCUCGAAUACAGUCGGAAAAGCAUUCAACCUGACGGGAGACUACCCGCGACGAGAUUUCUUGGGCUCUAUCGGGGACAUUGGUUAUCUCCUCGAGCACAACGUCCAGGUCGCAUUGUUGUACGGAGAUCGGGACUUUGCCUGCAACUGGGUCGGAGGAGAGAGAGUUAGUCUUGAGGUCCGAUACGAAUCGUCUGACGCAUUCCAAGCAGCCGGGUACGCCGAUAUCACUCAUGAUAAAAGUAUUUGGGGCCAGGUUCGUCAGCAUGGAAACUAUUCAUUUAGUCGUAUCUACCAGUCCGGGCACAUGGUUCCCUCAUAUCAACCUGAGGCGGCACUCGAGAUCUUCCGCCGCGUCAUGAAUGGCAAAGAUGUGCAGACAGGUAAAGUAGAUGUCACCCCCGGUUACUCAACCAACGGCACGUCGACGUCCACACAUACAGAUAAGCUGCCACCAGGACCAGAGCCAACAUGCUACCUUUGGGCCCUGAGUGGCACAUGUGCGGACAAUCAAAAGAAGGCUGUUGCAGAUGAAAGUGCGAAGAUUGAGAACUACGUAAUAACGCAUCCGGAGCAACUAAGUGGUACUUGUCCGUAUACACAAAGGUCUGACGAUUCCGUUGGUUCUGAGUUAUCUGGUGUUCACUGGCACGAGGGCUUGUAG